AUGAAGAUUGAAACAAAAGCUUUCAAUGAAACAGUAUAUGGUGGGAUCAUCAAGCACAAUGGUCAAGAAACAAUUCUGGAGAUGUUGGAUGAUGGACUGCUGACCUUCAGGGAUGUGGCCAUAGAAUUCUCUCAGGAGGAAUGGAGAUGCCUGAACCAGAGUCAGCGAGAACUGUACAGGGAUGUGAUGUUAGAGACCUAUGGACACCUCCUCUUCUUGGGCCUCAUUGUGUCGAAACCACACCUGCUCAUUUUUUUGGAACAAAAGAGGGAGCUCUGGGAUGUGAAGAGAAAGAAGACGGUAGCCUCACCAGCAGGUGAACUUCCAUUUUUCAUCCUUACUUGA